CAUCGUGUCAGCCUCAACAAUUUUUUGCCUAACAGACACAAAAAUGUACGGUAACGUGUAUAAAUACGGUUAGCAAACCAUUGGCUAUCUCGGACUUGUUCGAUUUUACCUGCAACAACGAAUAUUCAAAGACAUGUGGGGAACAUUCCUCGUUUUUGUCUUUUUCUUCGUUACAGUUAGUGCGAAAGAUUGUGUACCGUACACUAUCGACGGAAAUGUAAUCGCAUGUAUUUGCAAUUCUACAUAUUGCGAUGAUACACCAGAAAACGAACCAAUUGUUCCGGAAAAAGGAAGCUUCUACUGGUAUGUCUCAAAUAAAGGAGGAGACAGGCUACGAAUGACAACUGGGAAAUUUAACUCAAACAAAACUUCCUCUGUUUCCGGAGAACAUUUAAUCUUAAACAGUAAAAAAAAAUAUCAAACGAUUCUUGGGUUUGGCGGUGCGUUCACUGACUCUGUUGGUAUUAACUUAAGGAAACUUAGUCCGGCUACGCAAGAUCAGCUGAUACGGACAUACUAUGAUCCAAAAGUGGGAAGUAGAUACAAUUUAGCUCGUGUCCCAAUCGGUGGCACCGAUUUUUCAACGAGAGCUUACACGUACGAUGAGCAUAUAAACGACACUUCAUUGGAACACUUUCAACUCACGUACGAAGAUUACGAAUAUAAAAUUCCUUUCAUAAAGAAGGCUCGCGAAUUAAAUCCUACUACGAAACUACUCAGCGCUGCAUGGACAGCUCCAACGUGGAUGAAGACUAACGGUAAAUAUAAUGGAUAUGGUUUCUUAGAGAAAAAAUAUUAUCAGCUUUAUGCUGAUUACUUACUGAAGUUCUUGGAUGCAUACAAAGAAAAUGGUCUUGACAUGUGGGCUAUUACAACGGGUAACGAACCGACAAAUGCUUAUAGACUCCAUUUUCCCCUUAAUACCAUGGGGUGGACCCCUCAAACCAUGGCUGAUUGGGUCGCUAAUUAUAUGGGUCCCAGUUUGGCGUUAUCGAGUCACAAUGAAACAUUGAUCUUACUCCUUGAUGACAAUAGAAAUGUGCUACCCUGGUUUGUAUCACCAACAUUUACGGAUAGAAAUGCAUCAAAGUACGCUGCGGGAACAGCUGUUCAUUGGUACGAAGAUUCUAAUACGCCAGCAACUGUGUUGGAUUGGACUCACGAUAGUUUUCCAGAUAAAAUCAUUCUCCUGACAGAAGCAUCACUAGUACCGCGAACAUGGGGAACUCCAAAGGUCGUAUCAGAAAUAUGGAAGCGAGCUGAAAUGUAUGCUUCAAGUAUUAUUGAGUAUAUGAAUCAUUGGGCUGUUGGCUGGAUGGACUGGAAUCUAGCUCUUGAUGAAAGGGGUGCACCAAAUUGGCUCAAUAAUACCAAUGACGCAUCCGUUAUUGUAAAUCCAAGCAAGGAUGAAUUUUAUAAAACACCUAUGUAUUAUGCUAUUAAACAUUUUAGUAGAUUCGUUGAUAGACAUUCCGUUAGAAUAUCUAUCACCAAUACUGCCACCAUUAAGACGACCGCUUUCGUAACACCCUCGGCAGAAAUUGUUGUUGUACUGUGUAAUAGGAACAAUUCUUCAAAGACUAUGACCUUAACAGAUUUGGAUAGAGGUACUAUGCACUUGACGCUAUCCCCGAAUUCGAUAAAUACUGUGAUAUAUCAAUAAACAAAAUUAUAUUUACGUGAGUACAGUGUGCUUUCGUAAGUGUUUAAUUAUAACAUUUGAAAUAAUGAUAACACUAAUAUUAUAACGGUUAUUACAAUUAAUAAUAUAUAAAUGAACUAUCAAAAAGUCAAUAAUUUAUGCCAGUACCAAUAAUUAACAAAGAUAUUUCAGUGAAAUGAAACAAACCAUAUGUAUUUAACUGCUUUAUUUUUGCAUCAAUUAAAUAUUUUAUGCAUCUGGAUAAUACGUUUUUGCCCAACGUCCUAUUUUUCGCUUAUUUGGAUGGAGCCUAAGACAUCUUGGUAUAUAAACAGGUGUAUGAUCGUCCAAUCUUCGUUGAGAUGGUUUAAAACCGAAUUGCCAUGGAUCUCGUCUUUUUUCUAGAGGUCGUGUAUUGUGUUUAAUCAUGUAGAUCUUUUGCCAAUCAGGUAUUUCAGGUACUCGCCUAUACAUCAGAAAGUAAUGAAUUAUAACUACAA